AUGACCGACCUCUUCAGUCCUUCGGCCAAUCUGUCUGGCAUCUCCUCAAGAGAGAGCCUGAAGAUAUCUGAGGCCAUCCAUGAGGCGUACAUGGAAGUCAAUGAAGAAGGCACCGAGGUGGCAGGCUCAGCGGAGGUGAUGGGAGACAUCAAACAUCCCUCUGAGUUUGAAGAGUUUAGGGCUGACCACCCUUUCCUUUUCUUGAUCAAACACAAUCCAACCAACAUCAUCCUCUUCUUUGGUA